AAUGUACAUAUAUAUCUCGCAACGAAAAACCUCGAGGAGAUUUAUCAUGUAAUCUACAAGGUUAAUGAUUACUAGAUUCGGAUGAUUUAAAAUAGCGCAACUGAAGCUACGUUAAUGUAUUGCAAGAGCGUUUUGUUUUUCGUGUAACCAAGAACGUCAUUAUAAUCUAAACUAAAUAUUUACUAUGGAAAGGAAAUGUACGCGGACCAACUCUUGUUAAUGUAUUGAAACGGUGACGAGAUGUACAGUUAGGAGUUAAAUAGGUUAUCUGACACAUCAUUAACGAAGAUUGUGGAAAGUAGUUAUUGUGUUUAUUUAGACUUGCUUCAAGAUAAACCGUACCGAAAGUGAAAAUACAGUAAAUAGUUAAAGAUGGCAGCAGUUAGUUAUGGCUUAAUCAACAUAUCCGCUGUACUUGGCGUACUUUCCUCUCUGAUGAUGUUAAUAAUUUUGAUCUUACCUGAGUGGCGAAUUAACUCGGUCGUUGCCUCUGAGAUAAAUAUGAGUAUGGUGCGAGCAAGAGAAGGAAUCUGGAUCAGAUGCGUCUCGUAUUCAAAUGCUUACUGGAACUGCGACACGUUUGAUGUGUCGUUGAUUGGACUGCCGGCAUACUUGAAUGCAUUUCGUGCCUUAAUGAUCAUCGGAUUCAUCGCAUCUCUUGGUGGUGUCGUGUGUUCAGUGCUUGGGAUGAGAUGUGCGAGUGUUGUGGAUGAGGAAAGCAAAGCUAAAAGAUGGAUCGUGAUCAUUGGUGGAUUAUGUCACAUUGCGGCCGGAGUUCUAACAGGUAUAUGUGUUUCCUGGUACGCUGCUGAGGUUGUUUGGGAAUAUUAUUCGCCCUAUUACCAAACUCAAAAGCUCAAGUAUACACUCGGUGCUUGUUUGUACGUUGGCUGGAUUGCCAUGUUAUUUGCUCUGGUGGCUGGCUGUUUGAUGACUUGCUGCGCCUGUUGCAAUAAACCUGCAGACAGUACCAACACUUAUUCUUACAAUCCUGCAAAACUACAGGCACCAAAUCAUUCUUAUCCAGAGCCUACCGUUUACCGAAGUGAACCUGUGGUCGAAAAGGCAGUAUAUGAUCAUAGACCUGACUACUAUCGGUCAUCCUCUAAAAGCAAACGGUCCAAGUACUCCAACAGACGAGAUGAACAUUCAAGCAGCGGUUCCAGCAGUCGAUCAAACAGUCCAAGCCGCCACAGCCGAAGCCACAAAAGCAGAAGCAGCCGACAUGCAAGUGACAGUAUAAGAGCAAGCGGUUUUGUUUAAAGCUUGUAUCUGUAUUACAUAACACACACACAGCCACACUACUACGUAUACAGCAGAAAACCACACUCCGUAUAUUACAUAAUCUGGGUUGAAACUGUAUUAACAUUCUAUAUAUGUACAAACCUUUUGGAAAAUAUUUUAGAUUCGACCAAACCUACUGGAAGAUAUUAUUAUUACCGAGAAAGUAAAGUCAGUUUUGCUUGUAUAGAUUUACGUAACACCUUUUGUUUACUAACAAACGAAAAACUAAUAAACAUGUAAAUAAUAUUUGC